AUGUCUGCCUCCCCGCCCCCAACAGACGACAAACCCGCCCUGCACAACACGCUCACCUCCCCCCCUCCAUCCCUCAAAGACAAAGACAAAGAGAACCUCUCCACCACCAUCCCGCUCUCACCCACCCCCACAAGCGCCUCCCUCACAGCAGGCACCGUCAGCGACCCCACAGCCCCGCACCCCAACGAGACGCGCCUCGCCCUCAAGUUCGACACGCGGCUGCUGCCCCUCCUCGCGCUCAUGUACCUCUGCAACGCGCUGGACAAGGGCAACCUGGGCAACGCCAAAACCGCCGGCCUCGAAAACGACCUCCACCUCAAACCCGGCCAGUACAACACGCUGCUCUCCGUCUUCUUCGUCCCGUACGUCGUCUUUGCGCCGCCCAUCGCGUUCGUGGGCAAGCGCCUGGGCCCCGCCGUCGUGCUGCCCGUGCUCAUGGCCUGUUUUGGCAGUAUGACGCUUGUGGGGGCCGCAGUGAAGGGGUUUGGGGGGCUGAUGGCCGUGCGCUGGUUUCUGGGCAUGGCUGAGAGCGCUUUCUUCCCCCUCGUCAUCUACUACCUCACGACGUUCUAUCGCAGGGCCGAGCUAGCGCGCCGCCUGGCCCUCUUCUACGCCGCCUCGAACAUCGCCAACGCCUUCUCCGGCCUGCUGGCCUUUGGCGUCUUCCAAAUCAACUCAAGCCUGCAGCGCUGGCGCUACCUCUUCAUAAUCGAAGGCGCAGCCACCGUCCUCUUCUCCCUCCUCGCCUUCCUCUACCUCCCGCGCACAGCACGCAGCGCGCGCUUCCUUUCGCCGGGCGAGCGCGCCCUCGCGCACCGGCGCAUCCAGCAAGACUCGUCGGCGAUCGUGAACGAGCCGUUCGACCUGCGCUCCGCGCUGCGCAUCUUCGCGCACCCAACCACCUACGCCUUCCUCGUGCUCGAGCUCUGCGUCGGCGUCCCCCUGCAAUCCGUCGCCCUCUUCCUCCCCCAGAUAAUCGCCCGCCUCUCCCCCGCCUCCGCCGUGCACACGAACCUCCUGACCGUGGCGCCCAACGCCGUCGGCGCGCUCGUGCUGCUCCUCCUCGCCUUCGCGAGCGACCUCGCCCGCUGCCGCGCCCCGUUCAUCGCGCUCGGCUUCAGUCUCACCUGCGCGGGCUUCGCGGCGUACGCGGCCAUGGACGCGACCGCCCACCCGCGCGCCGCCUACUUCGCCUGCUUCCUCAUGACGUGGGGCACGGCCGCCCCGUCCGUGCUGCUCUCGACGUGGUACAGCAACAACGUCGCGCACGAGGGGCGGCGCGUCGCGCUGACGAGCGUGGGCGUGCCGCUCGCGAACCUGAUGGGCCUGGUCAGCUCGAAUGUUUUCCGCGAGAGGGACGCGCCGGGCUAUCUGCCCGCGCUGGCGACGACGGCGGGGUUUGGCGCGCUGGGCGCGCUGGUGGCGCUGGGGUUGGGCGCGUUUAUGCGCUGGGAUAAUGGGAGGAGGGAUCGGCGGGAGGGCGUGAGGAGGAGGGUGAGGGAUGUGUCGACGGAGCGGCUGAGGGACGGGCCGUGGGGGAGUGAGUUUCGGUGGUUUUUGUAG